AUGCUAAAAUAACAUAAAUUAUUGUAUAAGUUUUUAAUAGUUUUAGCUCUUCUUUUUAUUAUCUCAAACUCAUAGCAGGAAUAGAAUUUUGAUGAUAUUUAAGUUGUAGAUAAUUCUUGGGGAUUAUACAAACCUCAUCUUUUGUUUUGCGUUACUUAACGAUCACUAAAUCCUAUAAACUUUGGAUUGAUUUAUGCAAAUUAGCAGAUUAAUGGAAUACAUUAAAACGUAAAAAAUAAUUUAAGAUGGAAAUUCGGUAAUAAAAAUGAUCAUAUGUUUGUUGAUUACAUUUCUAAUAAUGGGCUUGAUUUCGCAGAAUAAAAAAUAGUUGAUAGCAAAAUGAAUGUGGAAAUUCAGACUGUAUUUGUAAAAAAUGAAGAAUAAUAAUGGGGUAUUAAUUUGCAAAUAAAAAAUUAAGGAGAUUCAUAAAAUGGAGUUAUUGUCUAUUUAUAUUUAACAUCUAGUACAUACGAAAGCAAUAACAAUAUCAAAUAAAAAAUUUUAAUUGAUACUUUUGAAGACAAUUAACCUAUUAAAUUAGAAAUUGAGCAUACUAAAAAAUCUAUCCUUUCAGACUAUAUUGAAAUUGUAGAGGUCAAUAAACAAGAUUAGCCUUCUUUGUUUGAGUUAAAAUUAUUAUCAGCAAAUUUAUAAGAAACCUGGGAUAUGCAAAAAAUCUUGUACAAUAAUAUCGAUUUUAAUGGAAAUUUGGAAAACUCUUUAAAAAUGCAAACUGAUCCAAGUAAAGAAGAAGAGUAAAAUCAUUGUGUUGGAGUUUCUGAUUAAAGCAUUAGAGAGUGUAGCAAAAAGAGAAAGCAAAGCUUAAAAAGAAGCAAGCAAAACCAUAACAUUGCUAUUUUAAAAAUUACAAAUCCUUCAAGAAACAAUUUAAAUUUCUUUAUUCGUUUUUAAAAUUCUACAAUAACUCAAAGGUAAUUGAAUUAUACGUAGUAAAAUGAUACUUUAAGCAAUUAAAGCAUCAAAUAGAAAUAAAAAAUUAUUUCAAGUUUUUAAGAUUCAAGUUAUUUUGAAAACAUUUAUGUGUUUGAACAGCUGACAAAGCUUAAAAAGGACAAGUUUAAACUUGAUUUAAAACAAAAAUUUGGAUAUGAAAAAGAAGAUUUGAUUCAAUCCACUAUUUCUAAUUUGUUAGGAGGAAUUGUUUUCUAUCACGGUAAAAUUGUUGUUCGAAACUCAUUAAUGAAGAACAAUGAAUAUAAGACAGUAUUUUCAGCAUCACCUUCUCGCAAAAUAUUCCCAAGAGCAUUUUUGUGGGAUGAAGGCUUUCAUGAUAGUAUAAUAUGCGUAUGGAAUGAGAUUCUAUGCAAAUAAUUUAUUUAUUCUUGGCUCUAAAUUUAAGAUGUCUUUGGUUACAUUCCUAGAGAGUAAGUCAGAACAACAGAAAUAUCUAUAAUGGUUCCCGAUGGUUUUCGAUCUUAAGAUUCUUAUGAGGCUAAUCCUCCUACUCUCUUACUUCCUAUUUUAUAGAUUACACAAGGCAGAAAGAACAUCUCUUUUUUAUAGAAAUCUUUCAGAAAGCUUGAAAAGUGGUUUAAAUGGUUCUCAAAAACUCAAUCAGGAUUAGAUUUUCAUAACAAGGAUAAAAUAAAUCGUAUCAUGUUAAAUGAAUAACUCCCUCCUCAUUACAGAUGGUAGUGUAAAGGUUAUUGCAAGGACGGUAAUUUUAUGGGAUCUGGUCUAGAUGAUUAUCCAAGGUAAGAUCCCUUAGUUAUUUCAAAGCAGCAUUUAGAUCUAUAAAGUUGGAUGAUAUUUUUUACUGAGAGCUUAGAAACUUUAUCUGCAAGAUUAAAUUAUAAGGCCAAAUAAACAUCUUACAAAAAAUUUAAAGAAUAGCUUAAAUAAUAACUAAUGAAUGAAUUUUUAGACCGAAAAUCAUAUCUCUUUAAAGAUCUUGGUGCAAAAGUAUUCAAUAAUACAGAUGAACAGUUUGUAACUCACUUGGGAUAUAUAACUACUUAUCCUUUAAUUUUUAAUGCUAUAAAAAACAACACAUAUGAACUUCAACAGAUACUUGAUUUAUUAUACUCUAAAGAGCAUCUCUGGACUGACUACGGGAUAAGGUCUCUUUCUUUGAAAGAUCCAUUACAAGGAACAGGAGAUGACUACUGGAGAGGAGCCAUAUGGAUGCCCCUUAAUUAUCUAAUUCUAAGAUCUCUUAAACUCUAUUAUUUUUAAAAUGAAAAGGCUAAAAUUAUUUAUCAUGAGCUGAGAGACAAUCUAAUUUAAAAUGUAUAUAAAAAUUGGAAGUAAAGUGGAUAUUUAUAUGAAACUUACAAUCCAUACACAGGGUAGGGUCAAAGAGGAUAUCCUUUUAAUGGUUGGACAUCAUUAAUAGUUCUAAUUAUCAAAUAAGAUUUUGAAUGA